AAAAUCAAAAUCAUGACACGUUUCUUGGAAUCCAAACAGUAGGACCCAAUUCUUUCAAGUAUAUAUAUAGCCACAUCUCUCUCUCGCCAUCUUCAGAACUCAAAUCCCUCUCUAAAUCAAACAAAUUAACCAUACAAUAAAAACAACUCUUUAUUACCAUUAAACAUUUUUUAUUUAGUUUUUGUAAUAAGUUUAUCCAAUAAAAAGAUUUAAUUUCUGUUGUGUGCCUUGGUGGAUAUGUGCAACCCAAAGCCAUCAUCUCCAUCCUCAUUUCUUUGUCCCAAGAAAACCUGUUUCUCUAUACCCAACAACAAAAGUAUGGAUCUUUAUCCUCAUGAUGUUGAAGAGCAACUACAUAGAUGGCCUACUCCUUCUGAGGUUUUGCAAGAAAUGAAAGCUAUCGGGAGGAUCUCAGGCCCAACAGCAAUGACUGGUCUUAUUCUGUAUUCUAGAGCUAUGAUCUCCAUGCUUUUUCUUGGUUAUCUCGGUGAACUUGAGCUAGCCGGUGGUUCUCUUUCGAUCGGCUUCGCUAAUAUAACCGGUUACUCUGUUAUCUCUGGACUCGCUAUGGGAAUGGAGCCGAUUUGUGGUCAAGCUUAUGGUGCUAAACAAAUGAAGCUCCUUGGUCUAACUCUUCAAAGAACUGUUCUUCUUCUUCUUUCUAUUUCCGUUCCCAUCUCUUUCAUGUGGAUUAACAUGAAAACUAUCCUUUUAUGGUGCGGUCAAGAUGAAGAAAUAUCUUCCAUGGCUCAUACUUUUAUUAUUUUCUCUAUUCCUGAUCUUUUUUUUCUUUCUCUUCUUCACCCUCUUCGAGUUUAUCUCAGAACUCAAAAUAUUACAUUGCCCUUAACUUACUGUUCAGCUAUCUCUGUUCUUCUUCACGUCCCGUUAAAUUUUCUCCUCGUUGUUCACUUCAAACUGGGUGUCCCAGGAGUUGCUAUAGCCAUGGUUUGUACAAAUCUCAAUCUUUUUCUUUUGCUCAUUUCUUUUGUUUACUUCUCCGGCGUGUAUAAAGAUUCUUGGGUUUCUCCGAGCUCCGAUUGUCUUAAAGGCUGGUCGUCUCUGCUUGCUUUAGCGGUUCCGACUUGCGUCUCCGUUUGUCUCGAAUGGUGGUGGUACGAGUUCAUGAUAAUGCUGUGCGGUCUUCUUGUCAAUCCUAAAGCUACAAUUGCUUCAAUGGGUAUAUUAAUCCAAACAACUUCAUUAGUCUACGUGUUCCCAUCGUCUCUAAGCUUAGGUGUCUCCACCAGAGUGGGGAAUGAACUCGGGGCUAACCGGCCGGCGAAGGCUCGAAUAUCGAUGAUCGUUUCGCUUUCUUGCGCGGUCGGAUUGGGUCUUUUAGCCAUGACUUUCACAACAUUGAUGAGACAUCAAUGGGGGAGAUUUUUCACUAAUGACCCGGAGAUUCUGGAGCUGACGGCUAUUGCAUUGCCGAUUGUUGGAUUAUGUGAGUUGGGAAAUUGCCCACAAACAACAGGUUGUGGAGUUUUAAGAGGAAGUGCUCGGCCUACAGUUGGAGCCAACAUAAAUUUAGGGUCAUUUUACUUGGUGGGUAUGCCAGUAGGAAUGUUGAUGGGUUUUGUAGCUAAAAUGGGAUUUGCAGGGUUAUGGCUUGGGUUACUUGCAGCUCAAGGCUCAUGUGCUUUACUCAUGAUUUACGUUCUUUGCACAACAGACUGGUUGGUUCAAGCAGAGAGAGCAAGACAGCUUACACAAUCAUCAAAAUCAGAUGAAGGUGACGGUAAUUGUAAUAAUAACAUGAUCAUCAAGAUCAUCAAGAAUAAGGGCGUUGAAGAGAUAUUGUGCAUUGAUGAUGAGCUUGUGAAGUCAACUUCACUCGAAACAGACCCUCUGCUCCUCAUAUCUACUACUACAACACCAACAACUGUGCAUUAAAUUUGAGUUUCGUAUUUCAAAAAUAUUUCCCCACCAUUUUUGCCCCACUUUUGAGGAGCUCAUAUUGUGAAUUUUCAUUUAUUAGACUUCCUAUUUUCUUUUUUACUAUAUUAAUUCUACUGUAUAACCUACCUUCUUCUUUUUUCUUCAGUUUCUUUUUUAAGUUUCAUUCCCAUAAUGUUGUAUUAUUAAUAACAUUUGUAGAAAUAGAAUAGACAUACUUUACAUAAUUUACCUUGUUGCACAAAAACUUGUCGCAUUUUACGUUUUAUGUACUUAUUUAUUAUAACUUGUUCUUGUAAAAUACUAUGAUAUAUUUUACGGUUU